CGACGACCUAACUUGAAGAGUGAGUGAAUGAGUGAGUGAGCGAGUGACGGACGACGGCCUUGUGUGGCCUGGGCCCGAGUCGGCGCCAUCGUCACCUGCCUCUGGUAUCCGUACCUGACAGUACCUUAGUGGUACAGUAGUAGGUUACAUCUAUCGUUAGUACCUUACUUACAGUAGCCAGUCGCGGUGGUACUCCUACCUACCGUACCUGUACGCACUCAACACCAGCGGCGCCCACUCGGCUGCGCUUCUACUUCUUCUUCCUCUUCUCCUCCUCCUCCUCCGCUCGCGUCGCGCUGUUUCCACACCGCGAAGCCUUCUUCCUGCGCUCCUUCCUUUAGGAUAUUCGCUUCUUGUCGCUCCUUCAGAUAUUCGACUGGCCCGCGCGCUCGUUCGCUCACACUCUCUAGCUCUCUCCUUCUCUCCCUGCGUUUUGUCUCUCGCCGGGCGCCGCGCCUCUUUCGCAAGCUACAAUCUUCUUCCCCAGUAAUCCAGGCAGUGACAACUUGACAAGUCGACGUUCAACACGCGUAUCGCGAACCCGCCUAGGCGACUCGCCCAAUCGCCUCUUCGCUUCGCCGCCGAGGCCCUGCAGCGCGACGUAACCUCAAUCCUCUUUUUGUCGAUCCCUACAAAGUAACUUAGUUGCUUGUCCCGUCUGUCAGCCAUGCUUUUCAAAUCCCUCGUCGUGGCGCUUGCCGCCACGCUGGUCACCGCCGUGCCCUCGCUCGAGGUCAAGGGCACCGACUUUGUCAACCCCGACACGGGCAAGAAGUUCCAGAUCGUCGGUAUUGCUUACCAGCCGGGCGGCAGCGCUGGCUACGACCCCAAGACCGGCAAGGAUCCUCUCAGUCAUGCCGACACCUGCUUGCGCGACGCUGCCCUGAUGCAGGUCAUCGGCGUCAACACUAUCCGUGUCUACAACCUGGACCCCUACAUCAACCAUGACGAGUGCGCCAGCAUCUUCAACGCUGCCGGCAUUUACAUGAUCAUUGAUGUCAACUCUCCCCUCGUUGGGGAGGCUAUCACCUCGUUCGAGCCUUGGACGAGUUACUACGCCGCCUACCUGAACCACACCUUUGCCGUCGUCGAGGCCUUCUCCAACUAUCCCAACACACUGCUCUACUUCUCCGGCAACGAGGUCAUCAACAACCUUGACUCGGCCAAGGACGUGCCCCCGUACCUCCGCGCCGUCACCCGCGACAUCAAGAACUACAUCAAGAAGAAUAUUAAGCGCGCGAUCCCCGUCGGCUACUCCGCCGCCGAUGUCCGCGAUGUUCUUUGGGAUACCUGGAACUAUAUGCAGUGCGCCGAGAAGGGUGAGGACGAUGACAUGAGCCGUGUCGACAUCUUCGCCCUCAACUCGUACAGCUGGUGCGGCCCGAAGGCGACCUACGAAAGCUCCACCUUCAAGGAGUUGACCGACAAAUUCAAGGCCACGUCCGUGCCCGUCUUCUUCAGUGAGUACGGCUGCAACACGCCGCAGCCUCGCUACUGGAACGAGACGCUCGCCAUCUACGGAGACAAGAUGACGCCCGUCUUCUCUGGCGGCGUCGUCUACCAAUGGACCGAGGAGGAGAACAAUUACGGCCUGGUCGAGGUCAAGGACGAUACCCUCACCAUAAUGGAUGACUACAACCGCCUCAAGGCGCGGUGGGCCGGUAUCGACUGGAAGACUGUCCAGGCACAGAGCCCCAGCAACAAAAAGGCAUCGCCGCCGGAAUGCGAGAGCAACCUCAUCCUGGAGAAAGGCUUCCACAGCAACUUCACUUUGCCCGAUCUUCCCCCUAAGGCUCAAGGACUCAUUGACAACGGCAUCAAGCCCAAGCCUAGCGGCAAGAUUGUCAAGGUCUCAGACUACAACGUCAAGCUGACGGUCAAGGACAAAAGCGGCAAGACUCUUUCUGAUCUCAAGGUUGUUCCUCUCAAGGACGACGAGUUCAAUUGGGCCGGUAAGAACAAGGCCGAGACUGGCAGCGCCAGCAACUCGGACAACAGCACCGGCGGCGGGGACAACGGCAAGAGCAAGGACAAGGACAGCGCUGCCUUCUUAUCUCGCCCCAUGAUGUGGGCUGUGGCGCUGCCCUUGGCUGUCAUGAUGAUAUUUGCUUGAGCUUGACUUGACUUAAUGGUUGUGGCAAGGGAAGAUGGGGCAUGCUUCUUGUAGAUGUUGUGCUCUAGUUCCGUAGAUAUCGCAUUUAAGAAUGACGCCGUGCUUUGAACUGCC